GAGAGGAAAGGUGCAUUGGGAGAGGGGAAGCCUGGGAUGUGAGCGCUGCAGCACUGCGGGCUGGAAGGGAAAGGAGAGCCGGGCUGCAUAGAAAACGACGUUCAAUCACAAACUCGGCAUUUGCAUUGAUAGGGGAGUCCCAGUGUGAGUCGGGCAUCUGUGUGCGGCCCUUGGUACCUGCCCGGGCAGGCGGCUGUCUCCCGGUGGCACUUGUCCUCCAUCUAAUUCAUGGGCACGGAGCCGGGCUUGGGAUCCGCACUACUGCUAUGUGUGUCCGGCUAAGGCUGCAGGUUUUUCCCUGCGCUUUUGUGGGGCUUGGGGAGGGGGAAUCUUCCUGUUGCCAAGAGGAGCGGGGUGUGCGAAUGUAAAUAAGCCUCUUCCUCCUCCUCCGCUGGAUAAUGAUGAUGAUGAUGAUGAGGAGGAGUCAUAGGGUCCCUACGAAGACUUUGUAGCACCGGAGGGGGACAGUGUGGAAGAUCUGUGCCUUUUUUGUGCCCGCACCCUCCUGUCUUCACUUCCCAAGCCCCCAUCUCCGGGACAGAAAGGGUCCCAUGAAAGCCCCCGAUCUGCAACUUGUGGCCGGGGAAGGCUGAGCGCUGAGUGCACAGGGCGUGGAAGGGAAACAGCUCGCUGCAUCCUUUGCCUUCCUAUGCGAUCUGUAGCAGCAGCAGCUCCGUGCGGCAGCCUUUCCCAUGAAUUGAUCCGUGCGUACGAUGUUGCCAUGCUGAUGGUGCGCCGAGAAGUCGAUCGCAGAAGACGCUCAGCUGUCUGUAGGGAGGGGAACGACUCCGAUGCCCCUGUCAUUUGGGAGCUAAUGCAGAAGGACCCCGUCUUCUGAAGGAGCAGCUUUCCCUUUCUCCCUAGGAUCUGUCCCACGAUUCCCAUGAUAUUUCUGGCGGCACAAUGAGAGCAUGACAUGCCGGAGAGUGACAGGGAAUCGCCGCCUGCACGACACGACGCGUCCCCAUUAGGAGACUGAAGGCUUCACCGCGCUUGGGGAAUUGGCAUACGAGGCAUCGCAGCAUGGGCUGUGCUCCAAGCAUCCACAUCUCUGACAGCAGGGUGGUGUAUCACAGCGGCAAAGAGUCCGACGAUUCCAACUCCCCACACCAGACCAACACACUGGCUCAGCAAGGCAACUCCGUGCCUGGAUUAUUCAUUAAAUCCUCUCACACAUCCACUUAUAAGGUGAGGGCUAAUUCCUCUAGGAAAGGCAGGAGGGAGAACAGCCCGAGCAUGGAGGCAGAGAUAAACAGCAGCACAAACAGCAGCACAAACAGCAGCACAAACAGCAGCACAUCCACCGCUGUAAAGGCAGCUGUAAGAGAAGUGCAGUUUGGUCCAAUGAAACUCCGCCAAGAUCAACUUCAGGUACUUUUAGUAUUUGCCAAAGAAGAUAGCCAGAGUAAUGGAUUCUGUUGGGCGUGUGAGAAAGCAGGCUUUAAGUGUAACAUUGCCAGGACGCCGGAGACUGCACUGGAAAGCUUUUUAGAUAAACAUCACGAAAUUAUCAUUAUUGAUCAUAGGCAUUCACGAUAUUUUGAUGCAGAAGCUCUAUGCAGGUCCAUUAGAGCUACGAAACCCUCAGAAAACACUGUCAUAGUUGCUGUAGUUAGAAGACAAAGUGAUCGGGAUGAAGCAUCUAUUAUGCCCCUAAUAUCUGCUGGAUUUACCAGGAGAUAUGUAGAAAACUCCAAUAUUAUGGCCUGUUACAAUGAGCUGAUCCAGUUGGAAUUUGGAGAAGUACUUGCACAAUUUAAACUAAGGGCUUGUAAUUCGUUAUUUACUACAUUAGAAAAAAGUCAAGAAGCCAUUGAAAUUACAAGUGAGGAUCAUAUAAUACAGUAUGUGAAUCCUGCUUUUGAAAGCACGAUGGGUUAUCAGAAGGACGAACUCAUUGGGAAAGAAUUAACUGAAGUGCCUAUUAAUGAAAAAAAAUCUGAUUUCUUAGAUACCAUUAAUUGUUGCAUUAAAACGGGAAAGGAAUGGGAAGGUAUUUACUAUGCCAAAAAUAAAAAUGGUGACAAUAUCCAGCAAAAUGUGAAGAUAAUUCCUGUUUUUGGACAUCGGGGUAAAAUCAGACACUAUGUGUCUAUAAGCCGUCCAUGCAGUGACAACAACAAGGCAGAAAAACAAUGUGAGAGAGUUCAGGCCGAAUCGCAAACAGAUAUCCAGACCUGUAGACACAAGGACAGGCGGAAAGGUUCCUUAGACGUCCGAUCAACCACCUCCAGAGGAAGCGAUGGUCCAGCUGAAUUUUCACACGGUGCUCUACCUGGUAGUUCACAGAGACGGCAUUCUUCUAUGGCCAGAAUACAUUCUAUGACCAUUGAAGCCCCUAUCACAAAGGUAAUAAAUAUAAUAAAUGCUGCACAAGAAAACAGCCCUUCGCCUGUGGCAGAAGCAUUAGAUCGAGUUCUAGAGAUUCUGAGGACCACAGAACUAUACUCUCCGCAGCUGGGGACGAAAGAUGAAGACCCUCACACCAACGACCUGGUCGGAGGUUUGAUGACAGAUGGUUUACGAAGACUGUCAGGAAAUGAGUACAUCUUAUCAGCUAAACAGGUACACCCUGUCAGUGGGCAUAUGAUCCUAGCUCUUUCCCUAAGCGAUAUCCCACCUCGGAUAGCACAAGCAAUGGAUAAUGAAGAAGACUGGGAGUUCGAUAUCUUUGAAUUAGAGGCUGCUACACAUAAAAGGCCCUUAGUGUAUCUUGGCCUUAAAAUGUUUGCUCGGUUUGGUGUUUGUCAGUUUCUAAACUGCUCAGAAGCUACUUUGAGGUCUUGGCUACAUGUUAUCGAGUCAAACUACCAUUCAAGCAACGCCUAUCAUAAUUCAACGCAUUCCGCUGAUGUCUUACAUGCCACUGCUUAUUUCCUCUGCAAAGAAAGAGUGAAGCAAAGCCUGGAUCAGAUAGAUGAAGUUGCUGCUCUCAUUGCUGCCACAGUCCAUGAUGUGGAUCACCCUGGUCGGACAAACUCGUUCCUUUGUAAUGCAGGGAGUGAGCUGGCAAUUCUGUACAACGACACAGCAGUUUUAGAAAGUCACCAUGCAGCCCUAGCCUUCCAGCUGACCACUAGAGAUGACAAGUGCAAUAUAUUCAAAAACAUGGAGAGGAAUGAAUAUCGCACUUUGCGGCAAGCAAUCAUCGACAUGGUCUUAGCAACUGAAAUGACGAAGCACUUUGAACAUGUAAACAAGUUUGUCAACAGCAUCAAUAAACCAUUGGCAGCAGUGGAGGAGAAUGGGGGCAGCAUUGAGGAAGAUGAGGCUGUUAAAAACAUACUGACAUCUCCAGAAAACCGGAUCCUCAUUAAAAGAAUGCUUAUUAAGUGCGCAGACAUUUCCAAUCCGUGCCGGGCCCUCGAGCAGUGCAUUGAGUGGGCUGGCCGGAUAUCAGAAGAGUAUUUUGCACAAACAGAUGAGGAGAAGAGAAAAGGUUUGCCUGUGGUGAUGCCGGUGUUUGACAGAAACACAUGUAGCAUUCCGAAAUCCCAGAUCUCCUUUGUUGAUUACUUCAUCACUGAUAUGUUCGAUGCCUGGGAUGCAUUUGCUGAUUUGCCCAACUUGAUGCAACAUCUGGAUAAUAACUUUAAAUAUUGGAAAUCACUAGACGAGAGACAGCUAAAGACUCUGCGACCGCCCCCUGAAUAACUGCAGCGGCGCAAGGUGACAUGAAACGCCAUUGAAGAUCCAGUUGACGAGGCUUGGGUUCCUAUUGGUUCAUUCUGUGUACCAGAUCCGCCUUCAGCACCUUGCGGAACGUUCAUGUAACUAAGUAUCAUCAGGUCAAACGUUACCUCCAGUACAUUGCAGAAAACUGCUUUUUGUUUGUUUUUUUUUUUUUAAAGAAAAAAAAGUCUUGACAUAUCUUACAAGUUAAUUUACACUGGAUUGCUGCAAUAUCAGUACUGACGGGUCCUGCAACACCGUUACCUGUUUCUUUUCUUCAUACCUUGAAGAUAUCCUUGGAUAAUUGCUUUCUCCAAGCGAUCGCUCAGAAAUCUACAAAAACCUCAAAAUUUGCAAGUGAAGGAAAAAAAAUCUCUAUUUCGUGUCUCUCGGCUCGAAGAGAACACUCUGCUUUUUUUUGAAAGCACUUAAAAAGAGUUGUAACAAUCAACCUAUUAAAAUGCACUCUUUAUGAAGGAGUUUUUGAUCUCUGAAAAAAAAAGAAAAUAGAUUUACUCUAUUUUUAAAAAAAAAAAAAAAUGAAAAAAAAAAAAAAAAAUCACAGAAGGGGGCAAUCAUUCACUUCUCCACACUACUGAUAGGGAGCUCUCAAGGCUGUUAAGUAGCAGUUGUACAAAGCAAAAUAACACACGAGAAUUUUGAACUUGAUCAUUAGCAUCUAUGAUUAAAAUAUGUUUUAUUUAUUUUGUUAGAUAUUCAAUAUUUUCUAUGAAUUUAUAAAAAGACAAAAGCCAAAGCCAACUUUAGAUGCAUUACAAAUUCACACAAUUCAUAGUCAUGAAUAUACCUUAAUUAAUGUACAGACCUUUUAUUUUCAUAUUGCAAAUAUAGAAGUACUAUUCAAUGACACAUUUGUAUUGCACUGUAAGACUUUAUGUGGAUGUUUCAGCUUUUGUUUGCUUUCUGAUUUACGUUGAUUUAAGACGUUUCUUUUACGAGACAGUCUCGCAGAAGAUUCCGUAGCAUUGAGUGCCACAGCAGGGAAAUUUUCAAGCUGUUUUUAAUCGGUGAUGGUCCUGUUUUGCUCUUACUUGAUUUAGACGUUUUUUCGAGGCCAGUGGAUCUACAAGGAAUUGCUAUGCAAUGUGUUUGAAGGCCCACUAGCUCUAACGGGAAGAGGAUGGAACCUGCCAUUCUUUAGCCCAUCUUUUGCAGUUCGGUUCCCUAUCAGAAGUCUGCCUUAUUUUAUACAAUAUUUCUACAACGCAUUCCACCACAGAGACAGAGGGGGAGGUUGAAAAAAUAUAUAUUUAAGCAUUUUUUUAAGCUUCUCUAUUUUCUUUUGCAAAGGAUAUUCCUUAACUCCAGUUUGGAAAGGUAUGUACCUUCACAUGGUUAAAUAAAACAUUCACAAUAAGCACCAGUAACAAUAAAAAUGUAUAUUUUAUGAAUUCUCAA